UGAUGCUAAGCAUCUUUUAUCAUAUAGGAUAUUUUGGAUCAAAAUAUCCUUGCUUUGUAUUUAUGAUUUGCCUAACUUUAAACGGACUGAUGUCGUUGGGAUUAUAUAAUUUAACAGUCCUAACUGAUCCGCAAUGUAUUUAAUUAAUUUUACAUAGCGUUGUGGGUUUCUUCGAGUAGUAGGACCUAUUAGGAAUAGGAGAGUUCUUCUAAAAAUUAUGGUCCUUUCUAUAGAACAAAUCAAUUCAUAUUAACGUAUAGGAAUGAAAAUUGGGUGAAUGUGUUUUAAAAGGAAGGACUGCAAGUGAUCUAUUUUUUGUAGAACAUAAUCAGAAACAGGAAAGUAUUGAUUGAGGGUAGAAAUACAACACUUGAUGAUCUGUGUUAUAGACCAAUUUCAGCCAAAGGUUGUUAUGUUCCAAGUCCAAUGGAUAUAUGGCUAUAGGAUCCGAAGUUAUUAGAAGUUGUUUAAUAUAAUUAUUUUAGAAAGACAAAGAUAUUCAAUUUACAACUCUUUGUACAGAAUCAAUUGAUGUCAACUAAACCAACAUCCCUUGCAGUGAUCAGAAUGGAAUCCCAAUAAUUUUGGAAUCUGUAUUCGGAGGAAUGUAUCUACUAUAAAUUAGACACUCAAUAGAUCCUGCGAGAGUCGAUAGAAUGAUACUUAACCUUGUGAUCAUUGCUACAUCUAGGCUAGAACCAUGGCAGUUACUUACCUUCUGAAGAAUGAUGAGUUCACAAAGUAAAAUGCUGAAUUGUGGGAGAAGGAUGUAUGGAUGGACACGUUGGAAGCUCUGAACAAAAGGGAUUAUAAAAAGUUGUAUAGCUAUUACAAUAAAACUGUGAUGACUGCACCAAAAGAGGGACUUUUGGAUCAAUACAAGGUGGCUUUUAUGGCAGAACGAUCAGUUUCAGAUGAAAUUAAUGAUGAGACUAAUUAAAAUGCUUGGAUUGUGGUUGUGUCAUACUUGAUGAUGUUUGCUUACAUUGGAUUUGCAAUAGGGUAAUUCCCCAGUAAAAUAUACAAUGGGUUUACUUUGGGAUUGGGAGGAAUAUUUAUUGUUGCUCUCUCUAUGAUAAGCAGCAUAGGAUUAGUAUCUUAUUUUGAUAUAGGUUUAACGAUGAUUAGUUUGGAGGUAAAAUUGUUACAAAUAUAAAGGUCAUUCCAUUUUUAAUUUUGGCAAUUGGUGUUGAUAAUAUGUUUAUUAUAACACAUCAGUUUAAGAAACAAAAACACCCAACGAUUUAAGAAAGAAUGGGCAAUACAUUGGAAUAAGUGGGUCCAAGUAUAACAAUAGCGGCAAUAUGUGAAACAUUGGCAUUUUUGGUUGGAUCUAUGACAAAGAUGCCAGCAUUAUAAUCAUUUUGUAUUUAAGCGGCUGUGGGUGUAUUCAUUGAUUACUUUUUGUAAAUUACAAUGUUUGUUGCAUUUUUAACAUGGGAUGAAGAGAGAAAGAAACACAAAAGAUAUGAUCUAAUAAUUUGUAAGCAGGAUAUAAAUUACCCAUUUAGAGAAAAUAGAAAAAUAAUUUAAACCUUUUUUAAGAAGACGUAUUCUAGAGUAUUGUAGAACCCAAUAUGUAUCAUAACAACCAUCAUAAUAUUUGUGGCAUUGUUUGUUAUAAGUUGUGUGGGAAUCACAAAAAUACAAGUGGGGUUGGAUGAGUAGGUUUCAAUGGUGGAAGGUUCUAAUUUAUUUAAUUACAUGACUUUGGAGAAGAAGUAUAUAGAGAUAGGACCUUUGGCUUAUCUGAUAUUAGAGAAUUUGGAUUAUUAGGAUCCGCAUGACUUAGAAUUAGUAGCCAAUCUAUCCAAUUCUUUGUCCAGAUUAAAUGAAACAGUGCAACCUCCCAUUUAUAGUUGGGUAGCUUCUUUUAAUUUAUUUACUCGAAAAUCAGCUGAAUGGAUUCAAGCUUGUGAAACAUAGGAUAUUGCAUUAUAUGACCUACCAACUCAAUUAAAACGAUUUUUGGGAGUGCGAAUAAAUUCUCCCUGUUGUCAAAGAUAUGGUAUUUGUGGAGAAACAUUUGAGGCUGACAUUGUUUUAAAUGAGAAAGGAUAUGUUAAGACAAGUAGACUGAGAUUUUAGCAUCGUCCCAUCCACAAUUCUGCUGGAUACAUCUUAUCUUUGGAGUAGACAAGAUAGGUGAUAGACAAAGUUGUUUAACAGGCCAAAUUGAAGGAAGGCCAGAAGGUUUACCCAUAUUCAAUGCCAUACGUCUUUUAUGAUUAAUACUCGUAUAUAAGAGCAGUAGCCAUAACAAAUGUAUUAUUGGCUUUGGCUACUAUCUUCUUCACAAUGACUAUAGUUUAAGAUGUCAUUUGUGCAAUGAUAGUUGUGUUGUUCGUAUUUUUGAUAGCCUUCAACUUAAUAGGAACAAUAUGGUUAACAAACAUUAUAUUUGGUGGUUUUGUGGUACAUAAAGAAUAAUUAUCAUUUAGAUUGAAAUAAAUGCAGUCAGUGUUGUCAAUUUAGUCACUUGUAUUGGAUUGGCAGUUGAGUUCGUUGCACAUAUAAUUAUCAAAUUUCGAUUAUGUUAAGGUUCAAGAUGGGAAAGAGUGAGAGAGGCAAUGUCAACUAUGGGGACUUCUGUCUUUGUUGGUAUUGCUUGUACUAAAUUCAUUGGUGUGGCAGUGCUUGGCUUUGCACCUUCCACACUAUUUAAAUUGUAUUACUUUAGAAUGUACAUUCUGAUGGUUAUUUUGGGAGCAUUUAAUGUAAACUAUCUGUGAUCUUCAUUAUUAGGGCCUAGUACUUCUUCCAAUCUUUUUAGGAUUGGUAGGACCUUAAUUUCCAAUUAAGAAUAUUAGGAUUAGAUCUCUUAUAAAUAAGUCAGGAAGUUAUUCGAAUACCUCUUCCAAUGCGAGUGGUAGAAGUAAAGGUCUAAUAUGACUUAUAUAAAAUAUUAUAAUUAUGUAUAAACUUCACUUAGGUGGAGAUUACUCCACACAUUGAGAUUAAGCAUAUUACUAAAUCUUUACCAAAAGGAGUUUAUGUCUUGUAUUACCCAUCUAUGAAUGAAUCUGCGGAUCCAAUUUUCAAAGCACUACAGUUCUAUAUUAAACCCAAGGAGUUACAGAAGGAUAUUUAAUCUUAGAACAUAAGCAAAUAUUUAUGCCUUAAAUGA